AUGAGCAGUUUCCUUGUGAAAAAUUGUACAGAGAGUGAGGGGUGCCUGCUGAUAUAUUUCUUCUUUUCUUACUCUCUUUUCUUUUUCAAAAGGUGUCCAAGAAAUACAGAAACACAAAAUUUAACAAGCAUAUCACAAUUCUAUCUCCUGGGACUCUCAGAGGAUCCAGAGCUGCAGCCACUCCUCUUUGGACUGUUCCUCUGCAUGUACCUGGUCACAGUGCUUGGGAACCUGCUCAUCAUCUUGACUGUCAACUCUGACUCCCACCUCCACACCCCCAUGUACUUCUUCCUCUCCAACCUGUCUUUGUCUGACAUCUGUUCAAUCUCUACCACGGUCCCAAAGAUGCUCAGGAACAUUCAGACUCACAGCAGUAUCAUCUCCUACGUGAGCUGCCUGACACAGAUGUCUCUCUUUACCAUUUUUGGAUGUAUGGAUUAUAUGAUUCUGACUGCAAUGGCCUAUGAUCGGUAUGUAGCCAUCUGUCACCCCCUGUACUAUCUGGUCAUUAUGAACCCUCGCCUCUGUGGUUUUUUAAUUUUGGUGUCAUUUUUGUUCAGCCUUUUGGGCUCCCAGUUGCAUAUUUUGAUGAUUUUACAAAUUACCAACUUCAAGGAUGUGGAAAUUUUCAGUUUCUUUUGUGACCCUUCUCAACUUCUGAACCUUUCCUGUACUGACAUCUUAUCUAAUAACAUUGUCCAGUAUGUUCUGGGAGCCUUUUACGGUCUUUUCCCCUUCUCAGGGAUCCUUUUCUCUUACUAUAAAAUUGUUUCCUCCAUUCUGAGGAUUCCAUCUUCAGGUGGGAAGUACAAAGCCUUCUCCACCUGUGGGUCUCACCUGGCAGUUGUUUGCUUAUUUUUAGGGACAGGCUUUUGGGUGUACCUUGGAUCAACUGUGUCACAUUCUCCCAGAAAGGGUGCAGUGGCUUCAGUGAUGUACACUGUGGUCACCCCCAUGCUGAACCCCUUCAUCUACAGCCUGAGGAACAGGGACAUUAAAGGUGCCCUGAGGAGGCUGCACAGCAGAAAUGCUUAA